AUGAAUUAUAUAUGGUUAAUAUGGUGUAUGCUAACAUGGAUAACAGCUAUCUUAUGUACCAUUGGUUGUUUAUUACCAUAUUGGUUAGAUGGUAAAAUUUUUUCCAAUUAUGAAAUCACUACUCAUGAACAAAAUCUAAUAAAACAUACUACUACUAUUACUACUACUUAUAAUACAGAUAUAUCAAGUACAUUAAAUUUAUUUCGUCGUUGUAUUUAUCCAGUAUAUACAAAUGUAAUCACAGAUAUUUUAUCAGAAAAUCCAUUUAAAGCAAAAUUAUUUUUUAAUCAACCAAUUAAUUAUAAAUUAAAUAUAAACCAACAUUAUUUAGAAUCAUCACUUAUUCAUAUACAAACUAAUUGUGGUUAUUAUCAAUUUUUUGAUAUACCUCAUAUAGCAUGGAGAUUUAGUUUAAUCUUAUUAAUUAUAAGUUGUUGUAGUUUAUUUUUUUUAGCAUUUCUAUUAUCAUUUACUGGGAUUAUUAUUAACUGGUCUCUUAAUCCUAUUAUGUUGCAUCUGUUUCCUAUUGGAUGGUCUGACAAUGAUGAAAUUAUUCAAAUAUGUGGUGAAAGGCGUUCACGAUUCGAUCUAGGUCACUGUCAACUUGGAUGGGCCUAUGUCGUAACAAUAAUGAGUGGUUUGUUAUCAAUCUUUAGUUCUGUCUUUCCAAAUCUAUGCUUUCCAAAGAUACUAUUUGAAAUUAAACAAAAUAACAAAUCUCAGCGUAUUAAAUCUAAUGAAAAACAGACAGAUGAUGGAUUAAUACCACAUUUUUUAUCACAUGACUUGUCAAUGACGCCAACAAUUUUAGCACCAGCCACACCAGGUGGACCACCAUCAAUUGAAACUGUAUCAACUAGUUUACGUACGUCUGAUCCACGUAUUCAUCAUGUUGGUUUCGAAUCACCAUGGUUAAAAACUUGGGCUUGCUUAAAUACACCCACUCAACAUCAAUCACAUGGGCCAGUAUUACUAAUACACCCAGAUUAUAAUUUAUCUUCAUAUGCAGGUGGUUGUUAUAAUGGAGAUAAUCAAUUAGGCUAUAGUCAAGGAAGUUUAGAUGACACUUCAUCAGUCGGGACAGAGAAGAAAUCUGCUAUUGUUAAUUCAAUGAAACCAGAUGUCUCCAAAACUUUAACGCAGAACAUGGAAAACAAUAAAAGUAACAAUUAG